AUGGUGAGUACAAUGGCCAACCGAACCGUACUCUAUGUCUCCGGCUUCUCUGGUCAGCUCCGCGCGCGAGACCUCGCCUAUGAGUUUGAGCGAUACGGCCGCCUCGUCCGGUGCGAUAUCCCGGCGCUCAAGACCCCGACCUCGUCCCCGUUCGCCUUUAUCGAGUUCCGCAGGGAGGAUGACGCCGAGGAUGCGUACUAUGACAUGCAUGGUCGCAUGAUCGACGGUCGCCGCAUCACUGUUCAGUGGGCCAAGCGUCCCCCUUCCGCUGCGUGGAGGCACGACGGAUCUGGUGGACCCGAACGCCGCGAGCGCGAGCCCAGGCGUGACGACCGCCGAGGAGACGACCGUCGUGAUGGCGGCCGAGACAAUGGCGAUGCUCGCCGAGACGACCGCGAUGCGCCCCGCCGCCGAUCCCCCUCGCCCGUGCGAGGUGGAGACCGUGAGCAGGACCGAGGAGGCCGCAGGUCCCUCUCUCCCCGCCGGGACGGCAAGCGGGAGGAUGUGGGAGAGGGGAGCAGGUCGCCGCUUCCCAAGGCCGAGCGGGACGACCACGACAUGGACAGGGAGGACGACCGGGAGAGGCGGGACGACUAA